CAUGUAAUUUGAGACGCAUAGUGAGGCACACAGUCACGUCUAUAACUGUCUCCAUUAUCUGCAAUACCUAGCUGUGUUCCAGAAGAGAAAGUGAAAAUGGACCAAGAAAAUAUAACUGCUGAUUCUCCAGCUGAUACCUCUGUAGAGAUAGAGGAUGAUUCCAUAUCUUCUUCCGAACCAUCGUUGGCAAUGGAUGAAAGUUUACUUAGACUACAUCAUCGCAUGAGAAAUAACCUUGGUGAUUCAAUUAACGGCCAAUGUGUCCCCUACAAUCCGAUCUGUACGCUUCAAGUGAGAGAACGAAGAAGGAGACAGAGGGAAGACCCUAAAGUAGGGAAUACUAAUUGGUGCAAAUGUGGUAACUGCAUACCUAUGCCGACAGCACGAGAAUCGGUUUGUUGUAAGGACAUAACAAAUCUACAGCAGCAUUUCUCUGACGAUGUACAGUGUAUUACCCAUGUCCAAGAAAUGCUGGAUCACUGUGUAGAAAAGAGAUAUCUUGAAUUUACAAUAAGGAAUGCAAGGAUGGCUACGCAGAUCGAGAUGAAUAAUCACUAUAACAGAGUCAUGCGCAGAGGUGCCUAUAGAGCCUUUACUAUAUGGACCCAUGGAUUUCUUGGACAAAAAAAUCGAAUUGUCAUUCCAGCUUGUUUUGUGAAUUUAAUUAGACUUACUUACCGUGAUCCUGCUGGAAUUUAUGUAGGUUUUAAACAAGCAGAGGAUAAUCCUGCUUUAAAAAUGGCUCUUGACUAAAAUGUUAUUUUUUUGCAGAAUCUAAAUACAAAUAGUUGUAAUAAAUGA